AUGGCGGAGAAGAACUGGGCCUUGGGGGAAAAUGGGGCCAAGGUGGUGGAGGUGUCACACGAGGCUGCCCACGUGGCAAGUGCCGCCUCGAAUCUGCUUGUCGAGCACGAAGAUCUGCUUUGGAUCACCUCUGACGCGCCACAACAUGUUACACUAAAACUGGCUCCGUCGCACCCGCCCCUGCGGUACGUGGGCUGGCACGUUUGGCACGACUACCUCACCAACCCGAAGACGGUGGAGGUGGCCUCGGGUGAGUCUGCCGACGAAAUGGUGGCGCAGCUGGUAUGUCAGGCCGUCUCUGGGGCUGGAACACAGGUGUGGAAGUUGCCUAAUGCGAUUCCCCCCAGCCAUUUGUUUGUGCGUGUCACAAUACUGGAGACCUUUGGUCCAGGGCCGACGUACAUGAACAAUGUAGUUCUUUUCGCCAACGAUCCUGGAACCCGGUUUCGCGGUGAUCGCACCACGGAGAUGGCCGUCCGAAAAAGAACAGGGGACGCCGCAGCACCGAUGAGUGUCUUACUUAAAGAGCUGGAUAAAGACAUCCGGGCGCUACACCCCAUAAAGACAGUUUCGCCCAAUAAAAAUAUGCUACUCUAUGUCCGACAGGAACCCAUUGCAGCCUUUCCACCCGAAAACGCAGAGAAUGACGAAUCCCCGUCACCGACCCUACGUGAUUCUGCGGAGCGGCAUGGAGGCAACGGUAUGGACAGAGCUCCUCAGUGCGGUGUUACAGGGGGUCGAUUAGAAGGUGUGAUGGCUGGGCAUGUGGCACAAGCUGGUGUUACGGCGGAGGUUUCACACAGGUUCAACGAACGCUUAUGCGCACUGGAGCAGGCUGUCGCUUCCCUUACGCAAAGCAUGAAUCAUCAACGAGAAGAUUUGACCAUGAUUAAGCGGCUACUUCUCCAACAGGCUUCUGAACGGCGUCGCGAAUUAGAGCAGAGACUUACUUCAGAACAGGCCUCGUCAGCGCAGCAGCAACUGCAAUUGCGGCAAAGUGACACGUUACACCGAGUUUACCGUCAGCAGGUUUCCGUGGACUUUCCAGAGGAUGCCCUCCGAUCGUUUGUUGAGGCAGUUAUAGCGCCAAAACUGCGCAAACACGCAAAACGCACUGAGGCGCAAGCUAUAGCUAAACUAGAUGAAUUCUUGAAGGAUAUCGUUGCAGAGAUAACCCUGGCGGUGGAUGAUCGCGUUCGGUUUCAUCAGCAAGCGAGUUUAAAUAAUACUGGGAGGUUGCAGGAUAUGACGCCGCACAAUUUUGAAAGUCGUGGGAUGGAAUCCAUUGGUACUCCAUCAUGUUUUACGAAAACGUGUGCACGUUUGGGGGAGGUGGAUUGCCGUGCCACACAUCCCGCACCCGCCACUGUUCCUCCUCGCCCGCUGGCAUCUUCUGCAGCGACACCGCCUGCGAGCAGUGUAUGUAGCCGUCAAGGCAAAGAUGCUGGAAGUGCUCCUGCAUCAAUUAUUCGUGAUGUUUCUUUAGAAACUGAUUUGAGCUUUAUUAGACGUGCGGGAGCAAACCACCGCUGA